AUGCGAGCUUCUCUCACCCUUGCGGCUGUCUACGCCGCCGCCACAGCCAGCGCCUUCCAAGGCUUCAAUUACGGAUCUACCUUUACCGAUGGCCGAGCCAAGACGCAGUCUGACUUUGAGUCUGAGUUCAAGACCGCAGCCAGCCUCGAGGGCACCAAUGGCGCCUUCACAUCUGCCCGCCUCUAUACCAUGGUCCAGGGUGGAAGCACCAACGACCCCAUCUCGGCUAUCCCGGCCGCCAUUUCCACCAAGACGACCCUCUUGCUUGGCCUCUGGGCCUCUGCCGGCGAAGCCUCCUUUGCGAACGAGCUCGAGGCCUUGAAGAAGACUGUUUCUCAGUACGGUAGUCAGCUCAACGGCCUGAUUGCCGGCAUCUCUAUCGGCAGCGAGGACCUCUACCGCCAUUCACCCACCGGCAUUGCCAAUGGCGAAUACUCUGGCGCUGAGCCUAGCACUCUCGUCAAGUACUUUGAGCAAGUCCGCGAGGUCAUCAAGGAUUCACCUCUUAGCAGCGCUCCUCUCGGCCACGUCGACACGUGGACUGCCUGGGUUAAUGGCAGCAACAAGGCAGUCAUUGACGCCUGCGACUGGAUCGGGAUGGAUGCUUACCCCUACUUCGAGAACACCCAGCCCAACGCCAUCUCCGACAGCAAGCAACGCUGGGCCGAUGCCUUGGGUGCCACUCAGGGGGCCGUCGGCGGCAAGCCUGUCUGGGUUACGGAGACUGGCUGGCCUGUCAGCGGAAAGACUGUCGGUGCUGCUGUUCCCUCGCUCGAGAACGCCAAGACGUUCUGGGAUGAUGUCGGCUGCCCCAUGUUCGGCAAGACCAACGUCUGGUGGUACACUUUGCAGGACUCUUCUCCCACGACUCCCAACCCUAGCUUCGGCGUCAUUGGCUCAACUCUGACCACCAAGCCGCUAUACGACCUCUCAUGCGACAAGGCCAGCUCCAGCUCGUCAUCUUCUGCCUCUGCCAGUGCUUCUUCUCAGCCCAGCGGUACUGCGUCCUCUUCUGUCAUUGCCACUACCACUGGUACUGGCUCUGGCUCUGGUUCGGGCUCGAGCCAACAGAGUUCCGCUGCUGACACUGCUACCACCUUGACGACUGCCGUGUCAACCGGUGGUUCCGGCUCCGGCUCCGGCUCCGGCGGAAGCGCCACUUCUACUAUUAGUGCUGCGCCUUCUGCUUCUCAGGGCUCGGGCUCAGGCUCCGGCUCCGGUCGCCCUGGUACUAAUGGUACCAUCAGCCUGCCGACAUCGGCACCCACUGUUGUCCCUGGCAGCAGUGCCACCACGACGAGCUUCAGCCUUGCUGUGCUCGCUGGUAUGAUUGCCUUUGCCAUGUUCUAA